CUCGACUCGAGAGAGCUCGAGCGAGAUCCAAAAUCAUUUAAUUUUGUUGAAAUCUGACUUGUGCUCGUCAUUCAGUGAUUUUAGGCGGCUGAGAAAUUAUUAAAGUGAAAAGUCUUCGGCGGCUUAAAGCUUAAUAUCUAAGCUUAUUUAUUUAAAACAAUUGUAUCCUAGACAAGUGGCUUUACUUUCACAGCACAAAAUAAAUCUAAAUUUAUUUUUAUAAUAUUUUCAUUUUAAAGGUUUUCAAUUUCAUUGUAACGUGAAAGAUUUCUGUUUUAUUAUUUCUUAAACAUAAGUGAUUCUGUUUGUGUCUGUUGUGUUGAAUCGAUAUUGUAUCAGUGCAAUAACCCUAAUUGUUGUGAAAUGAGUGUGCGUAUUCUGUAUUCCUUAUGAGAAUGACACAUUCGCUUUUAUUAUAAUGGGCUUAGUUAUCUGAUAAACUUUAGAAGAUUUAUUUAGUUACUGUAAAUCAAUUGCAACAAUGGGCAAGUUCUCCGGUAAGAAAUGUCGGCUGCUCUCCAUGCUGUGGCUGACAUGCAGCUUCUUCUUUGUGGAGCUGAUUGUCGGCUACGUCACCAAUUCCAUGGCUCUGGUGGCUGACUCUUUUCACAUGCUGAGCGACGUUGCCGCGCUUGUCAUCGCCUUCUUGUCAGUUAAAAUGUCACCAAAGAAAUGGUCAAAGAACACCUUCGGCUGGGCCCGCGCUGAAGUCCUGGGGGCUCUCGUGAACGCCGUGUUCCUCGUGGCGCUGUGCUUCAGCAUCACGGUUGAAGCCGUCAAGCGCUUCUUCGACAAUGACUACAGGAUACACAAUGAGAAGCUGCUGGUCGCAGUCGGCACAUUGGGCUUGGUGCUUAAUGUUAUAGGGCUAUUCUUGUUCCAUGAACACGGCAGCAGCCACGGGCACUCUCACGGUGGCGUGCCGCCGCCGGCCAACGUGCGGCACCUGACCGAGAUCGUGAACAGCAACGCCGACAUGGCGCUCGGCCACAACGCCGCGGACGAGGAGACGGACGAGAUGGUCGCCCGCACCGCAGCGCCCAACAACAACAAGCCGCCCUGUCGUCAGGCCACGGACCCCGGACAUAUGAACAUGAAGGGGGUGUUCCUGCAUUUAUUGUCCGACGCGUUAGGUUCCCUCAUAGUAGUCGCAUCGGCAUUAGUAGUAUGGCUCACCAGGUGGCCCUACAGAUACUACCUCGACCCCGCGCUUAGUUUAGUCUUAGUUAUCCUGAUUCUCUUGUCUGUGUGGCCUCUGCUCAGAGAAUCCGCUUUAAUUCUUCUGCAAACUGUACCUACACAUAUUCAGGUGGACGCGAUACAGCGCCGCCUUCUGGAGAAAGUGGACGGCGUUUUGGCUGUACAUGAGUUCCACGUAUGGCAGCUGGCCGGUGAUAGAAUUAUUGCCAGUGCCCAUAUACGGUGUAGAAAUUUGUCAGAGUACAUGAAGAUAGCGGAGAAGGUGAAGGAGUUCUUCCACAAUGAGGGAAUCCACUCCACCACUAUACAGCCCGAGUUCGUCGAGAUACCCAUAGACGGGAAUGAGGUGAUGACCGGUAACGCGGGCGAGGCGCCGUGCGCGCUGCACUGCCCCGCUGAUGACCUCUGCCACAACGCCACCUGCUGCGGACCCAACCAGCAGGAAAUACGAUCAUUGAAAUGGGAGCAGAUGAUCAAGUCACCAAACCCGAAAGACCCCGACCCCGAAGGGGUCAAAAUUAUAUAAUAAACAUCCAGCCGGGCUAACGAAAUUUUAACCCUCUGUCUACAAUGGGACAGGAGCACUAUAAGUUAUAAGAAUAAAGUUUCAGCAUUACUGUUGCCGCCUAUUUAAAUCGAAUGGGUUCAAGAUUCGUUAACCAGUGGUCAUUUUGUGAUUAUUAUAAAUGUGAUAUUACGACAUACAAUAUUUUGUGAUGACUGUGCCAAAAUUAGGUUUAUUACAUUGAAUAUUAUUGUACCGUAACUUAGAAUGAGUAAAAUAACAUGUUGUUCAAA